CCUACGCGACAAUAGCCAGAGAACACUGUUUGUCAUCCGCAGUAUGCGAGUACGUUCAGCAUUGUGUUGGCUGGCUGCUUUGGUUUUGUACGUUAUAGGGUGUGCCUGCAUAAAUUAGUACGUGAAAAAUGGCGAGAAACGUUAUUCUCGCUAUUUUCGUACUGGCCUCGUUAUUUACGGUGUUGUGCGCCUUUAGCUUCUUCAGGCGAAGGACCUACAAAGUUCACAAGUUCCUAGAUUCUAAAGAACCAAUAUGGACAUACCGAACGAGCAGACAAACGGACAUUUUAUGCGAAGUGGAUGCUAUGAUCAAUAUCUCCUCCACGGAAAUAUUUUUCACUCGAAUGUCUUACGAUCGCAAAGGAAGAACGUAUGCCGUGCUGCGUGGCGAAUUUCACGAACGCCGAAAGAAGCACAUGCUUGUGCACACGCAAGGAGGCGUUUAUAACCUACACGAAGAGAUGCUCUAUAUGAGUUCCGAUCACAGCUGCGCAGUAUUUAUGGUGACAAGACUGUUCGGUGGUACAUUUCGCAGCUACGAUUUGCGACUGAAAAAUUCAUCUGUGGCGAAAGGGCCUCGAAAAGACUGUCUUCGAAAAUUCAAGAGGCGUGACCGCAGAGGACAAGUGAUCUACAGGCCGAUGUGUCAGGCUAUACUACACAGCAAAGCGGAAACAACAAUGCCAAAUUCAACAGACAAGGCCUAACUAUUAACCAAUUGCUGUGCUAACAUGUUUCUCGUGAAAGUAUCUUCGCAGAAAGCAAAUUUGCACACUAUUGUGAUAAAACUUGAUGAUUUUUAGCUGCUACUUGGCUGCUUAGUUUUAUAAAAAAUAACAAGUCCGGGCAUCAUUUUAUGAGGUUUCUAAUUGCCAAAAACGCUCAGAACAUACCUUUGGACUUGCAACUCAAUAGCGAAUCCUUAGGGUGUUAAGGAUGCUAUACGUGAGGCUCCGUGCUUUCGGUGUUCAUUUUUCUUGAAAACCGGCGGGUGUUUUUCGAAGUUUAUAUUUCUGGCGGAAGUUCACGUUAUAUCGAAGUUGUGUUGCCAUAAAUUUCCAAUUCUCUGAAAUUCGGGGUUUUACAUUUUCUCCAAAAACCCGAAAAUCUUACAUCACUUCAUGACUGCAUACUAAAAUAUCUAAACACACGAGGCACAUUUUAUUUUUCUUAGGUUUGAAUGGACAAAGAUAUAUAGGCACAAGCGAAAUACAUGAACUUUGAACACGUUUAUUCUCAUAUAAAGCGUUAGCUUAAAGCUUACUGUAAAACACGCAGGAAUACUUCGCGAGACUGCGGUCAAUGAUCGAAGCGCCCUCCUGUUUUCUGAUGACUCCCAGCUUUGAAACGUCUAGAAACAAGAGGCAACAGAAAAUCCAGUGCACAGCACCGACGCAUUGGCUAAUCGAUGUUGUAAAGUAGCACUGAUAUUUCACAAUGUCACUCAGGAGCUGGCACAGGUAAUCAGUUUCAAGAAUCACUACGUGAACAAAUACACCAGCUUCUGCUAAAAAGAACGAUGAGUAGCAUGCGAAACAGCGCAUAAGUCGGUUCAUCACGGGGCCUUUGCCCGAUGAACGCGUCCUUCCAAGUGGAGCGCACCAUAAAUCUACUGUAUUGUCUGUUGCUGUCACUCAUCCCGAAUUGUUCUUGGAGCCCGUCACGGGGGGGGGGGGGGACGUGAGUUCAUAGCGCAUCUGCACAAUCUCGUUUGAUGUCACAGUGUAAAAGGAGAAUCCACCAGCUCUUACAUAGUCACUUCCACAUGUCCGAUUGAGCUAGCGCGUGUCAGCGCGUUCGACACUGCUUGGGCCAGCUGUUGCACAUUCCCAGUAAGGUUUGUAAAGUCGCACUACAUAUUGAACUCGGUUAUACGCUGCUUUGCCUCUAAGAUAUGUGCAUAGGCUUCUAACAUGCCGGAAAGUUCAUUCCUCACAUUUGGGUUUCCAUUUUGAACACUAACAAAACGAUUCUUCGGUGUACUGGAGUUGAUCGCACAGGUUCCUCUCAGAUGCCUCUCUCUACUCUUCGGUGACAAAAGAGUAGUAUCUGUUAAAGUCUGCGGUAAUCAUCAAGUAUCCGUUCUCCUCAAGGAGGCCACCCCCUUAAAAAAUAUCAAAUUUUUUCCGUGAUUGCUGGAUAUUUGUAAAAACGUUUUGUGACAGUGCGAUACAGUAAA